CAAAUUAAAAAAUCAUAAAAAUAUACACGAAAAUGGCGGAGAGAUUUUUCUUCACGCGCCACCGCACGCCGAGGACCCAAUCCGACCCCAUUGUGCUCCUCUCCGGUCCGCCUUCUUCUGGUAAGACCUCACUGCUUUUCCAAUUCGCGUUGAACACUCUAGCCGAGGGCGGCGGUUCCGUCGUCAUUCUCUGCAAUAGGCGCAAGCUGGAAGCAAAUCCCCCAUUCCUCUCUCAGGGUGUUGAUCCAUCCUCCGACAUAUUCCGAAGAAUUCAAAUGAAAUAUGUAGAUGAUGAUGAAGGCAUCAAGAAAUAUUUUGCAGCAUUCCACUUACACCAUUCCUUCCCUGCAUCUGUUAUUAUCGACGAUUUUGGGGAUUUUUUUGAUGAAAGGAAUUGCCAAAAGAGAUACAACAACCCUCGAGGAAGGGAUUUGGCGAUGGUUAGAGUUUUAGCUCUUUGUCGAAAUGCCAUCAAUCAUGCUAAUAAAAAUGGUCUUUGUGAACUUGUAUUAUCCGACACUCACAAAGGCGACACUCCGAGGCUUCUUUACAUUUACAAGAGAUGGAUGUCCACCAUCUACACCAUUAAAGGUGAUGGUUCGGGAUCAUAUAUUCUUAAGGACUACUCGGAUAAUGCAAAUGAUCAGAAGUCGAAAUCUGCUAAGUAUUCCAUCGCUCUCCAAUAUCUGGUACUCGAAGGUCUUGUAGAAGGAACUUCACAUUGAACUUCACAUUAAUGUUAUACGUAGUUUUAAAUCACGAAGGCUAUACCUAGCAAACUAGUUUUAGUGUUCAAUUGUUUCCUUCACAUAUUUGAUUUCACAAAACACACAAAUUCAAGAAUCAAUGAUUCAAUCCUUAGAAAUGGUAUUUGUUCUGGCUAGAGCACUCUAAAUGGUACUCUUUUUCGCCGUCUUUCUUUUACUUAUGUUAUAUAUAUAGAGAUGGAAAAGUAUAUAAUAUGUAAUUAACAAUGUAUUUUCCGAUCAGGUUAAACUUAGAUCAAAAGUUUAUUGUGAAUGGGUUACUCCACGUUAGUAUGAUAUUUUCCCCCUUUUAGACAAGUCUAUAGGAAUUUGUUUUUGGACUUCUCCAUAAAGUCUCAGUUAUAUGUUAAUUUAUACCAUUUUUUUCCAUUAUUUUAACGGUGUGGGACUUGAGUUUGGUUAUUUAAUGAAAACAUUAUUGGGUAAUUUUGCCCCCUCUAGAGAACUCUAAAUGGUACUCUUUUUCGCCUUAUUUCUUUUUCUUCUGUUAUAUAUAGAGAUGGAAACUGUUGGAAGAAUAUAUAAUAUGCAAUUAAUGAUGCGUUCCCUUGUCAGCUUAAACUUAGAUUAAAAGUUUGCUAUGAAUAGGUAAUCCAUGAUAGUAUAAUAUUGUCCGCUUUAGAUCAAGCCCGUACGAAAUUACUUUUGAACUUAUCCAAAGGGUAAUUUUAGAAGGAGUUUUAAGCACCAAGACUAUACCUAGCAAAUUAGUUUUAGUGUUCGAUUGUUCCCUUCACAUAUUUGAAUUCGCAAAAUACACAAAUUCAAGAAUCAAUUAUUCAAUCCUAACUUAGGAAUGGUAUUUUUUUCUGGCUAGAGCACCAUAAAUAGUACUCUUUUUCGCUUUCUUUUACUUAUGUUAUAUAUAGAGAUGGAAAUUGUUGGAAGAGAAUAUAAUAUGUAAUUAACGACGCAUUUCCCUAUCAGCUUAAACUUAGGUCAUAACAACUCCACGUUAGUAUGAUAUUGUCCGCUUUAGACCAAGUCCGCACGUAUAUGCUUUUAAAUUUCUCCAAAAAGUCUCGGUUAGAUGUUAAUUUAUAACUAAUGAUUUUUUUCCCCUUAUUUUUACGGUGUGGGACUUGAGUUUGGUCAUUUAACACAAACAUUAUAAGGUAUUGAUCAGAUGCUAAAAUAAUGGCCUGAGAUGCUUCCUCCCUCGGCUCCUGCUCAAUCUGGAUCGUACACUUGCAUCGCCCGACCAUUGGACGGUCCCGAUUCUUCUUCGGACAUAAGGCUAAUCCUUCCUGAUUCUGAGAUGCUUCACCAGAGAAUCACCUAUGCAAUUUCAAAGGUGCAUGAUUCUUUUAGAAUUUGAUUCUCUUUUUGAAGAAUAUUGUUGACAUCUUAGUACUGUGAUGCUCUGUGCUGAAAGUUUUGUUCUAGAAAUGAAAUUAGUUUAUAUAGAAAUUUUGGAG